AUGAUCUCCAGCAAUGGCACUAGGAAGAAAGUCUGCAGGCGGCAGCAGCAGCAAGUAGCAUACAUGGCACCCUGUGAUGCCGACACACUGACUGAGAUUGAAAGACUAUUUAGUAAAUUUAGAACCUAUGUCAAACCAUCCAAUGAGGAGUGGUGCAGCCCUAAUGCAAAUGUCGCCCUCAGACAACACGAAAAAGUAAAAAAUGUCCGCCUCCAGGCCCUGAAGGUGUCUCUCAACGCUGUGAAGAACCAACUCAGUGACAAAAACAUCGAAGUGUGGCAUCAGCACACCAAUUCCACUAACCGGGCCGGGAAAGUCAUCGCCACGGUGCGCUCUGCCGCCAACGUGGAAAUCUGCACUCAGGCAUGGUGCAAGUUCUACGAGAUCCUGGGAACGUUCAGUCUUCUUCCUGAAGAGGCACUCCUCUCUGGGGAGCUUAACACGGUUCACCUGUGCGAAGCGCCCGGGGCUUUUAUCAGCGCGCUGAACCACUACGUCAAAACCAGCGAGCGCACGCGCUACUGCGACUGGAGCUGGGCGGCCAACACACUCAACCCGUACAAUGAGGCCAACGCUGGGGCCAUCGCGGAUGAUCGCUUAAUCGCCAAUACUCUGCCUUGGUGGUUUUUUGGGUCAGACAACACCGGUGACAUCAUGCUCCAAAAGCACCUGCUGGAGCUGCAGACAUUUGUGGCCAACAUGCGGAGAGUGGAUGUAGUGACGGCAGACGGAAGUUUCGACUGUCAGGAGAACCCCGACGAGCAGGAGGCACUGGUGGCACCUCUGCAUUACUGCGAGGUGACUGCCGCUCUGCUGCUCCUGAGCCCCGGCGGCUCCUUCGUACUCAAAAUGUUCACGCUGUACGAACACUCCUCUGUCUGUUUACUCUACCUGCUCAACUGCUGCUUCCGCUCCGUCAGCGUCUUCAAACCUGCCACCAGCAAGGCCGGGAAUUCCGAGGUUUACAUCGUUUGCCUCGACUACGACCGCAAGGAGGCCGAGAGGCCUCUCCUCUCCAAACUAAUUCGGAAUUACGGACCACAUCUGGCGGCAAGAGAGACACUUUUCCCAGAAUCCUCAAUCCCGCAGUCAUUUCUCACACAGCAUGAAGAAAUGUGCAUGUACUUUCACACUCUGCAGGUGGAGACAAUCACUGAAAACUUGAGGUUGUUUAAAGGAAUGACUGAUGAACAGAGGGAGAGACUCGACUACAUCAGGGAUUGUACGGCUCAGGAGUACCUGCGACGUUUCCAGGUUACAUUCCUCCCUCGGAGUCGAUGGAUUUCUCGUAACGCCGUCAGCCCCGCCUGUUCCCGUGUCUCGGCGGGCCAGCCCGCGGGACCCAAGAAGCAAGCGGCGGGAUCCUUCAACGAGCGCAGGGAAUUGCAGAGCCUGAGCUGGAAGGAACGUGUGGAGAGGGGUCACUAUGCCGACUUGAUAAAACGGCAUCGUUGCGAGACUGAUGGGACCGGCAGCGUGCUGCAAGGACCUCUGUCAAGCUGUCAUGUGGAUUCCUGGUAUGUUAUUGUUGGGGCAGCGAUACCUGAGGUUAGAAACUCUCCAUUCUGCUCAGGGAUCUUGUUAAACUAUGUGACAGAAACACAGGCAGCAUUAGCCGAGAAAGACUUAUCUCAAGUGCUUCCGUGUGACUCCUGCCACGUGAGUAGCGCCGCCUCCAUUUUGUCAGACGUGGUAGCGCUUUGCAUUGAUCAUAACGGGACAAAGGGGAAAAAGCACUGUAUGGUGUUAGGUAGUCGCACAGAGUGGGCUAUCCCCACGCUGCAAAUUGAAGAGCUACUUCUCACGUUUCCUUCGGAGACGUCAUAUCCUCAAGGAGGUCUAAGUACGAUGUACGACGCGGCGCCGGCGUACCAGCAUCGACUCGUCAGCUGCGUCGCGUCCUCCCUACGGAAUUUGAUCUCUGGGGAUGCGCUGUUACUGCCCGUGCCGGCCGCGCUUACUCGUGUCUCAGCGGCUAUCGUACUUUGCUUGCACGCUUGUUUUCGCUCAAUGGAGUUCAGGUGCCCGCCACCUUCAGGCGGCUUUGGGGCGUUGCUGGUAUGCGCUGGCUUUUGCCCCCAAGCUGCGGCCAGAAUCCUUCCAGCCCUGGCAGAAGUCCACAACUGUAUUGGUGAACUGUUAAAAGAAGAGGACGCAUGUAAAUUUCACUCAGUUUGUGACAGGCAGGUGCUUCAAUUCGUGCCCAUGGAGGAAUUGCUCAAUGGAGGAUUGACUGACUUCUUGCGGACCAUGAACUCGGAAAUCAUGCGACACACGUUGCAUGUGCUCAUGCAGGUGUAG